AUUGGUUAAAAUUUUAUGAAGAGAAAGAUUUAGACAUAGUUGGACUAACUGAAACCUGGGCAAAGGAGAAAAGUUGUGAAUAUAUAUUUAGAAAUGAUAUAAUCAAAGAAGCACUAAGAAAAGACAAGAAUGCUGAUGAAUAUAAGUACUUUUGGGCAAAUGGACAAAAAAAAAAAGGAUCAGGAGUUGGAAUCAUGAUAAAAAAAACAUGGGCAAAAUAUGUUUAUAAAAUUGACAAAUAUGAAGGCAAU